AUGAGAAAAGCCGCCGCGGAGAAUAACCCGAGCGCAUCUGCCGCAAGUGACAUUUGCGCCUUGUUCACCGCGCUACAAAGUGCCAAGAGCAAGAAGGCCAUUCUGACCAGCCUGACCAAGUUGUUCCUCCUGCUGUACAAUGAACGGAUGAAGAGGAAGCUGCUGUAUGGCUCAAUUGAGGAGACGCGCUGCAGUGGUGACGAAGAGGACAACGCGAGUUUGAGAAGGAUCUUCAAAAAUGAUUUGAUUAUACUGGAGGGGGAGAAGAAGGAAUACACAAAGUAUGAGCACUGGCUGAACGAGUGUUAUGGUAAAUUUUUAAAUAUGCUCUUUGAGUUGCUUAGCCAUAGUGAUGAAGUUCUCGUAACGAAGAGUUUGUCCCUUCUGUUUGGUAGUCUCCAAUUUGAGGCCAAAAUAUAUGACAAAAUAGCUAGCGAAAAGGAAGUGCAGAGCAGUUUGAAGAAAGCCUUUCCCAUUAAACUCUUUAGAAAAAUAAUCUUCGAGCUGUUGAAAAUUGACCAAAUUAGCAUCAGCACGAUAAAAUAUAUUUGCAAAGUGUACCUGUGCUUUUACUACGAUUUGAACUAUUUCUUUUUGUCCAUCUUGAAAUCGUUUUGCAUUUUGAGGAAGGGCCUGCGGGAUGAGAAGUUCUACGGAGAGGGGGGUGCGGGCAGCCAGGGGGGACGCAAUGGAGAAUGCGCCCCGGAAGAUAAAGCAUCACGAGGAGAUAAAGACAUGCUGAGGGACAACCCCAACACAAACCUCCUCAUAUUCAGCAUUUUAAUUAACUCCAUCAAACCGGAAAAGAAAAUUAAAGACACCCACAUUAGGAGGAAAGAUUACCUGAAGAGGGGCAGAAUUGACGAAUUGUUCUUCAACCUAUAUGACGAGGAGUUGAAGGGAUUCGCGAAAAGGAAGAGGAGACGCAUCUCCCGAAGGAAGGAGGAGGAGAAAAUGCCAUACGACAAGGCCGAAAUGAAGAAAACGUUUCAUGACUGCGAUACAGAUGACAGCAUUGUACAUUCUUCUGGAGAAGAAUCAGACGGUGCGUCUUCCCCCGAGGGGGACAGCAGUACGGGUGAAAGCGACACUGCACAUGGUGGCAACUUUCUACGGAACGCUAACCUAAUGCAUCAUGCAAAUUUCAGUGACGAAGAUUUUGACGUCGAUCAGGUGGAAGACUAUAUCAUUAGUCCAAAGAGGAAGAAAAAAAUAAAAGUGAAAUUGAAAAAUAGAAAGCAAAAUUUAUUUAUAAGUGAAAAUGUAGAUAAACGGAUUUACGCCAGAUUGUAUGCAAGCUGUUGGUUUUACUUUAUAACCUCCUUUAACCACAGCCAUUCGAUGGUUCUCCAGCUGUUGCACUCAAUUCCGCUGUUUGUAUUUCCAUACACGAACAAUCCGUUUUACCUUAUCGAUUUUUUUAACUACUCCUUUUACUCCUCCCCGGGGUUGUACACAUCGCUGGCUGCGCUUCCAGGCAUGUUUCACAUCCUGACGGAGCUGAACGUUGGGGAUUUGCUGCAGGGGGGGGGAGAAGCGGCGAAAUUGGAGGGCACCGACAGGUUUAGUGGAGAGGGAAGAAGCGAUGUGGGGAGAAGCGAGGAGGGGCGAAGCGAGCAGGGAGGAAGCGAGCAGGGAGGAAGCGAUGUAGAGGGCGAAGAAAACGGAAAAGGUGAAGAGCCAAGCGAACAGGGAACUACCCCCCAACAAAACCGCCCAGAGGAAGGGGCGAACAAGUUGAACGAUAACAUGUACACGGACUACUACAAGAGGCUGUUCGAGCUGAUAACGCCAGCGAGCUUCUACUACGCAGACACGAGCUUCUUAAAGAUAAUCCACGCAUCUAUAAAAAACCAAAUGAUCCCACUGCACUACGUCAUAUCCUUUUUGAAGAAGCUUCUGCGAGUAGCCUGCCUGACCUCCUACAACGUGUCUAUUAACAUCCUCAGCGUGGUGUACGACUCGAUGAGUUACUUCCAGAGCGAGUUAAAAGACGCCAUGUCCCUUUCCGCCUCCGUUUUUUUGAACCUAGAAAUUAAGAAGGACUUAUUUUGCUACGAAGAUUUGGGCAAAAAUUUUGAGAAAAAAAAAAUCGUCCAAAUGUUGGGGGGCAACAGUAAAGCGUUGCGCGGUGGAGGUGGCAAUGCGGAUGGGAGUGUCGAUGGCAGUGAAGAUGACAAUGAAGAGGGGAAGAACCCAGAUGACCACCAAAUCGCGGCACCCAACGGGCAAGACACCCCCCUGUGUGCGGAACUGCCCCUAACGGAGAAGGACAUCACCCCGCUGCAAACCACCGCUGCAACGCCGCAACUCAGUUCGACCAAAAAGCUGUUCAGCCUGCAGGAGUGCCUGCCAAACAAGUACCAAAUAAACGUGAAUAACCUGAAGAAGAAGGAGCUGUACAUGGCCAACCACAUAUUUUACGAAAUAAUUUUGCUGAACAACCAUUUGUGCGAGAAUUUGAAGCAGUACUCGAAUGUGUAUCACUACAGCUUCGGCAGCGAUUCGUUUGCGAAGCCGCAGACCUUUUACACGAACCCGAGCAAGUUCAAUUUGCAGAUGGAGAGUUCUCUUUUUGGCUUGCUAAAGAAUUUUUUGAGCUUUAAAAAGAGGAGAGAGGCGGAUAUAUUGCCUUCGGUGGAGCGGAAGGCGUUUUCGACGGUCUUCCUGUGA